AUGGGUGUUAGUGCGAUACUGUACUUCACAGCGAUAUUCGCAGCAACAUUGAUAGCCGGCUAUCAGUCUUUAUGCACUAAGGAACUUUCCAGCACAGUGCACAAUUGGCAUCCCGGAUCCACGAGUGACUGGGGCCGACCACUCAAGAUGGGCUCCGUGCAUCACCGAGUGAGACGUGACGGGAAUCGCGAGCAACAUGGCACCUCUCCUGUUUUUGUGCCAAUUUCUGGUAACGGUACGCGUCUCUUUUCCUUCAUUUUUCCUUUCUGUCCCCUACCCCUACCCCUCCAUUGUCCCGCGAAAUCCGACUUUCUCUGGACACACACACACCAUAUGGUUGUGAGCGUGAUGCGACAGAGACAUCUCAACAGAGAUUUCAUAUUGGAUUUACUACGUAUUGGGCAGUCGAGUGAGAGGACUAGGAAAUUCGCUGGCUCUAUUCCGGGCCACUGCGGCGUCUGUCUGGCCAGGCUUUGGUUGGCAUCACGCCUUUUGCUUCACAAUGCCCAAAGGUCGCUGUCAGGGUUACCGUGGUGA